CGGCCGGGCUGCGGGGAGCCGGGAGCCGCCUCCCCGCUGCCCUCCCGCCGCCGGCAGGUGGAAGCGGGCUGGGGGCGGCCGCUUCCCCACCCCCGAGGCCGGGGUCCCGCGGCGGGGGAGGGAGCGGAGGAGGGCGGAGCGGCUCCGGCUCCGCUGCCAGCCGCCGUCGGAGCAGAGCACGCCGCGAGAGGCAGCGGGCGGCGGCCGCCCCCAUCGCUCCUUCCCUCCAUCCCCUCGCCGGGCCGGGGGCGAUGGCGCCGUGCCCGCCGCCCGUCCUGCCGGGGGGCGCCGUGGGCGAGAGCGGCCGCUCCGGGGGGCGCUGAGGGCCGGGCCCCGCCGGGGCGAGGGGGCGGGCGGCGCCCGAGGAGGAGCCCGAGCCGGCCGGGCGGCGGGGAGAGCCGGCCAGGCGGGGUGGGGAGAGGUGGGGUGGGGUGUGGUGGGGUGGGCUGGGGGGCUCCAUGGGCAGCUCCCGCCGCCAUGGUCAUCGCCCUCGGCAGCGGCCGCCUCUCCGGUGAGCUCCGGCCCCUGGGCGGCGAGGAGCCGCGGGCGCUGGGCGGCGGGAGGAUGAUCGCCGGCUCCUGGCCGCCCCGCAGCCUGGCCAAGCUGGGCCCGGCGGGCGCCCCGUCGGAGCUGCCCCCCACCGGCCCCGCGGCCGCCAACGACUCGCAGUGCGGGGAGCAGAUCCUGAGCUACGGCAACGUGGAGAAGGUCGUCAUCGGGGCCGUCCUCUCCCUCAUCACCCUGCUGACCGUGGCCGGCAACUGCCUGGUGGUCAUCUCCGUCUGCUUCGUGAAGAAGCUGCGGCAGCCCUCCAACUAUCUCAUCGUCUCGCUGGCCCUGGCCGACCUCUCGGUUGCCCUGGCCGUCAUGCCCUUCGUCAGCGUGACCGACCUCAUCGGCGGCGAGUGGAUCUUCGGGCGCCUCUUCUGCAACGUCUUCAUCGCCAUGGACGUCAUGUGCUGCACAGCCUCCAUCAUGACCCUCUGCGUGAUCAGCAUUGACAGGUACCUGGGAAUAACAAGACCUCUCACGUAUCCUGUAAGGCAGAACGGGAAGUGUAUGGCUAAAAUGAUCCUGUGUGUAUGGCUCCUAUCUGCCUCCAUCACCAUACCCCCGCUCUUUGGUUGGGCCAAAAAUGUAAAUGAUGAAAAGGUUUGUUUGAUCAGUCAAGACUUUGGCUACACAAUUUACUCCACAGCAGUUGCAUUUUAUAUCCCAAUGUCAGUGAUGCUUUUCAUGUACUAUCAGAUUUACAAAGCUGCUAAGAGGAGUGCUGCCAAACACAAGUUUGCUGGUUUUCCCCGGCCAGAAGAAGUGGAAGGGAUUUCUAUGAAUGGAGCUGUAAAACUGCACAAAGAAUCUGAAGAAUGUACUAACUUUUCACGACUCCUGAAGAACGACAAGAAAAACAUUUCCAUCUUUAAGAGAGAACAGAAAGCUGCCACUACACUUGGAAUUAUUGUUGGGGCUUUCACCGUGUGCUGGCUGCCGUUUUUUCUCCUCUCAACUGCCAGGCCCUUUAUCUGUGGUACAGCGUGCAGCUGUAUCCCACUGUGGGUUGAAAGAACAUUUCUAUGGUUGGGUUACGCAAACUCCCUCAUUAACCCUUUUAUAUAUGCCUUCUUCAAUCGGGACCUGAGGACAACUUACCGCAACCUCCUGCAAUGCAGAUAUAGAAAUAUCAACCGGAAACUAUCGGCUGCAGGAAUGCAUGAAGCUCUGAAGCUUGCAGAAAAGCCAGAAUUUGUUCUGAGAAGUUCUGAUUUCUCCAGGGAAAAAGAGUCCUGACUCAUGACCUGCAUGAAAGCAGCCAGGAAAAAAAGACAAGCCAGAACUGGAAGAAGGAAAAUGAAAAGUUGGCUUCUGAAGAAAUGGAUAGAUUUAUGAAACGUACUUCAUCUUCUUUUGAUAGGAAUGCACUAAAAAUACUCAAUGAGCUUAAUACAUUACAUUAAAUACAUUUCUAUUGGAAGUAGUCACAUCUUGUUUGUUAUGGAAAAAAGUGCUGCUAUAUAAAAGAGAAAAGAGUUUUUUGCCUGAGAAAGCCAAAUCAUUUCAGCAAUAAAAGUUUGGCACGUGGGGUGGGAAAGAAAAGCAAAUAAAAUUCAAAGACAAAGUGCUGGGCAGAUUUACACUGCAUUAAAUGAUGUAGAAAAGAUUCAUUUAUGUUUACCAUGCUUGUUGAUCCUAACUUUGAUUUUAACAUUCAGGGAUCAUCGGUAAUAUCGAAUGUAUUUUGUUGUACUACAAAAAGAUAUUUUCAAGCACAUGGUAACACUAUGGAUGCUUUUAAAGCCUGUGUUAAAGAGAUUCUCUGCACCUGGAACAGGACCCACAAAGGCAACAAUAAAGGACUGAUUUUUGUAAAAGA